ACUAAGAGCGAGUCUACAGGUUAAUGCGUCGUUCUCAUAUUUCCAUGUGGAAUAUAGAUAUCGCUAUUUUACGCGGAAUGAUUUCAGCUAAUUAUAAAGGUAAAGUGUCCUCCGAUGAAGAUGAGGAUGACCAAGGUUCACGGUCAUCUCCGCCGGAGCGUUUGGUUCGCACGCAAAGUCUCCCGUUCAGCGUCGAAGCCCUCAUGUCGAAGAAGGGAAGGAGUCAAUCAACUUCACAGGAACUGAGUCAGAUGCCAUGCAUAAUGAAUCAGGAUGAUCGAUCCGUGAUAUAUUCCUCCAAACGUUGUGAAUCUGUCAAAGAGGACUCUUCGUGGAUCAAUAAACACAGAUCAACAUCACCACGUCCACCGAGUCCCUCGGCAUGCGCUCUGAGAAAGCACAAGACAAACCGUAAACCCCGAACCCCUUUCACCACUACGCAGCUCUUGGCCCUCGAGCGGAAGUUUCGCCAGAAGCAAUACCUCUCCAUCGCAGAACGCGCUGAAUUUUCCACCUCUCUCAGCCUGACCGAGACACAGGUGAAGAUCUGGUUCCAGAACCGAAGAGCGAAGGCUAAGCGACUGCAGGAGGCAGAGCUGGAGAGGCUCAAAAUGACCAGCAAACCCAUCCUGCAUCCUGGCCUCACUCUACCGUUCCCUCUCUGUACGCAAGCCCAGACUGCAGCUCUAUUGUGUGGACAGUCUUUCCCUUUCAGCAGACACAUGCUGCCCUUCGCACCUGUAGGAAUAUACUCCACACCGAUGGGUUACACUAUGUGUCCUCUGUCCAAAGACGGCUACUCUGUGGAGCCAGUCUAGAGGAUCUUAUACAAACAUAUUAUUUGUGGAAACACUUCUGGUUUAUCUGCCAGACUGACAUUAGUAGGUUUGACGCAUCAACAGGGCUUGUCAUUAGGUUUUAUAAAUGCACCGGAUUUCUAUUUUACAUUAAUCUACUUUGGAAACCACAAUGAUCAACUGAAACGCAGACUUGCAGGCUUGAGUUGUCCGAUUUUAAAGUGUCACAAAAUGGGCAUUUUAGGAUGUCGUGUUUUGCAUUAAAAUAUAGUGAGUCACACUAAAGAAAAAGUCAGAUAUAUGAAUGAUUUCACCACAUAGCCUUAGAAUAAAGUAUUUUUGUGUAAUGAAUCUCAAUUCAAAUGUUUCUGAGAAGCAAAUGUAACCUAUUUUACACUUGAUUUGAGCUGAUUUAGAGUGACACCAAUAGGCCUGUGUAUUUUUUUCAUUUGCUAAUUGGAAAUUUUAGAGGGAAAACUACUAAGAUUAAACCUUUUUUGUUUUAGGA